AUGGGAAAUCUCGAACAAGCAUUUAAUGAUUCAAAUAAUUCUUUAAAUCUUAACCCAGCAAAAGGCAAAGAAGAAAAUGCAUUUAAUGACUUUCAGUCAUCAUUGAAAAUUGACCCAGAAAAUCUUGACCUUGAACUUGAUAUAAUAUCAGAAAGAAAAGAUCUAUCCAGAGUUCUAGCCUUUAUCGAAAAUAAAAUCGGGAACUGUGAGAAGGCAUUAGAGAAUUUGGAUAAGGCAAUAAAAUUUCUGCAGGAUAGUAUGACUAUGGUUCUACUUGUUGAACGUGCAUCUGUAUAUUUUUCAAUCAGCCGACUCGAGGGUGCAUUAAUGGAUUAA